CUCAGCAUUUUAGUCGACGCGUAGUGCUCAACACGAAUAUACCGUUUUGGCAGCGUAUCUGUCAGAUACGACAAGCACAUAUAUACGUUCUAUUUUGUAAAGCUACAAAAUGCAUAGAGCACACACGGCCUUUAGUCUGGCGUUAUCGCCUAUGGCGCAUAAAAAUUUUGCCACUUGGUUGCUCAACAGCAGCAGCAGUAAAAAGCUCUUCAAGGCCAGCGCUGCAGCCGCUGUGCGCACCUAUAACUCUGCUGCCGCUGAGCCUUUUGCCAAUGGCAGCACCGCUACCUAUGUGGAGGAGAUGUACAACGCCUGGCUAAGGGAUCCCAGCUCAGUGCACACUUCCUGGGAUGCCUAUUUUCGCAGCAACAGCUAUGUGAGUCCGCCUAAUUUGGCGCCCGUGCAGGCCAAUACGUUGCCGCUGACCGCCUUCAACUUUGGCGGUGCUGUCGGCGGCGCUGCGCCCGACUCCAAGACCAUCGAUGAUCAUUUGGCCGUGCAGGCCAUCAUUAGAAGCUAUCAGAUUCGAGGACAUAAUAUUGCUCACCUCGAUCCACUCGAAAUUAAUACACCAGAUUUGCCUGGCAACUCCUCGACGAAAUCCAUUUACGCUAAUUUCAGUUUUGGCGAGCAGGAUAUGGAGCGUCAGUUCAAGCUGCCCAGCACUACAUUCAUUGGUGGUGAUGAGGCCUCCUUGCCACUGAAGGAAAUUCUGAACCGCUUGGAGAACGUUUACUGCAACAAAAUUGGCGUCGAGUUCAUGUUCAUCAACUCCUUGGAGCAGUGCAACUGGAUUCGCAAGCGCUUCGAGACACCCGGUGUGCUCAACUUUUCGCCAGAGGAGAAGCGUUUGAUACUCGCUCGCUUGACGCGCGCCACUGGCUUCGAGGCUUUCCUCGCCAAGAAAUACUCAUCGGAGAAACGUUUCGGUCUGGAGGGCUGUGAGAUUAUGAUACCGGCGCUCAAGGAAAUUAUCGAUGUCUCUACCGAGCUGGGCGUCGAGUCUGUCAUCAUGGGCAUGCCACAUCGUGGGCGUCUCAAUACGCUGGCCAACGUUUGCCGCAAGCCGCUGAAUCAAAUCUUCACGCAGUUUGCCGGUCUGGAGGCUGCUGAUGAUGGCUCUGGUGAUGUCAAGUACCAUUUGGGCACGUAUAUUGAGCGUUUGAAUCGCGUCACAAACAAGAACAUUCGCCUGGCUGUGGUGGCCAAUCCCUCUCACUUGGAGGCUGUCGAUCCAGUGGUGCAGGGCAAGACACGUGCCGAGCAGUUCUAUCGCGGCGAUCAGGAGGGCAAGAAGGUCAUGUCCAUACUCAUUCAUGGUGAUGCUGCCUUCUGCGGUCAGGGUGUGGUCUAUGAGACGAUGCACUUGUCGGAUCUGCCCGACUACACGACGCACGGCACCAUCCACGUGGUGGCCAAUAACCAGAUUGGCUUCACUACCGAUCCACGUUUCUCGCGCUCCUCGCCCUACUGCACAGAUGUCGCGCGUGUCGUAAAUGCGCCCAUUUUCCAUGUGAACGCCGAUGAUCCCGAGGCUGUUAUGCAUGUGUGCAAGGUUGCCGCCGAGUGGCGUGCCACCUUCCACAAGGAUUGCGUCAUUGACUUGGUUGGCUAUCGUCGCAAUGGCCACAACGAGAUUGAUGAGCCCAUGUUCACGCAGCCGUUGAUGUACCAGAAGAUUCGCAAGCAUAAGAACUGCUUGGAUCUGUAUGCGGAUAAGCUGAUUGCUGAGGGCACUUGCACCGCCGAGGAGGUCAAGUCUGUGGCCGCCAAGUAUGAGAACAUUUGCGAGGAGGCCUUUGCUCUGGCCAAGACCGAGACGCAUGUCAAGUACAAGGACUGGUUGGACUCGCCCUGGUCUGGCUUCUUCGAGGGCAAGGAUCCCUUGAAGGUGGCGCCCACUGGUCUCAAGGAGGAGACGCUCAUACACAUUGGCAAUCGCUUCUCGUCGCCACCACCCAAUGCAGCUGAAUUUGUGAUUCACAAAGGCUUGAUGCGCGUCUUGGCUGCACGCAAGGCUAUGGUGGAUGAGAAGAUGGCCGAUUGGGCGUUGGGUGAAGCCAUGGCCUUUGGCUCGCUGUUGAAGGAGGGUAUUCAUGUGCGUCUGUCUGGUCAGGAUGUGGAGCGUGGCACGUUCUCGCAUCGUCAUCAUGUGCUGCAUCAUCAGCUGGUGGACAAGGCCACCUACAACUCGCUGCAGCAUAUGUACCCCGAUCAGGCGCCUUACUCUGUGUCCAACAGCUCGCUGUCCGAGUACGCUGUGCUGGGCUUUGAGCACGGCUACUCCAUGACCAAUCCCAAUGCCUUGGUGUUGUGGGAGGCGCAGUUUGGUGACUUCAGCAAUACAGCGCAGUCGAUUAUCGAUCAGUUCAUCUCCAGCGGUCAAUCCAAGUGGGUGCGCCAGUCUGGUCUGGUUAUGCUGUUGCCCCACGGCAUGGAGGGCAUGGGCCCUGAGCACUCGUCGUGCCGCCUUGAGCGUUUCCUGCAGAUGAGCUCCGAUGAUCCCGACUACUUCCCACCCGAGUCGGAUGAUUUCGCCAUCAGACAGCUGCACGACAUUAACUGGAUUGUGGCCAACUGCACGACGCCCGGAAACUAUUUCCACAUUAUGCGUCGCCAGAUUGCCAUGCCCUUCCGCAAGCCUUUGAUUCUCUGCACGCAAUCGCUGCUGCGUCAUCCAGAGGCCAAGAGUCCCUUCAGCGAGAUGAGCGAGGGCAGCGAAUUCCAGCGCAUCAUACCCGAUCGUGGAGCUGCUGGUGAGAAUCCCAGCAAUGUGAAGAAGGUGGUCUUCUGCUCGGGUCGCGUCUACUACGAUCUAACCAAGCACCGCGCCGAGAAGAAGCUGGAGAGUGAUAUUGCCAUUGUGCGCGUGGAGCAAAUCUCGCCCUUCCCCUUCGAUCUGGUCAAGGAGCAGGCGAAUCUGUAUGCCAACGCUGAUCUUGUGUGGGCACAAGAGGAGCACAAGAACCAGGGCUGCUGGACCUAUGUGCAGCCACGUUUCCUCACCGCACUCAACCACACUCGCGAUGUCAGCCAAAGCGAUGAACAAUCCACCUACUCCAAUACAACUAAUACUAAUAACGAAUCUGAUACCGAUACCGAUUCUGAUUCAAAAUCGAAACCCUGGCUAAGUCGCAUGUUUGCUUCAAAUCAAUCAAGUGGUGCUGCAGACUCUGCCACGGCGACUGGCGAGUUUAAUGCCGCCAAGCAUUUUGAUUUAAAGAAUGUACGCCACGAUUUCAAUAGGCCCGCGGGCAUUGCGGCCGCGCCAGGCGUGCGCAAGACAAAAACCGGACGUAAAAUUAGCUAUGUGGGACGUGCGUCGAGCGCCUCCACGGCUACUGGCUCCAAGGCCCAGCACAUUCGGGAGCUGAACGCGCUGCUCAACGAUGCGAUUUCGGUCUAAGCAGCACUCGAAGUUGGAUUGUUUAUUUUGAUGUUGAUGUUUUUUGAAGGAGAUGAAUAUUAAUUAUGAUUAUAUUUUGUAAUAGAAA